AGCCGCGCUCCUUUUAUGGUCAAACAACUUUGCCUGGGCGAGGCCUUUUCGCGAGCCGGCGGGGCCCGGCCGCUCCCUCGCGCCGCCGUUGCUCGCCUGCCCGCCCGCCCGCCGGCGCAGCGCUCCGUGGCCCCGCUCCGCAGCCCGGGGGCGCCCCGGCCCUCCGCCGCUGAGAAGAUGGCCUCCCAAGGCGCCCCGGGGACCCGCAUGACAUCCACAGUCAGCAUCAACAUUUCCACGCCUGCCUUCUACAAUCCGCAGAAAAAGUUUGCACCCGUGGUCGCCCCUAAGCCCAAGGUGAACCCCUUCAAGGCUGGGGGUGCGUUGGAGUCAUCGCUGCCCCCGCCUCCCGGCGCUGGUGCCCAGCGUGCACAGAUUGGGAAGGUGGGCGAGAUUCCGUCCCAGUCCCUGCCAGCAGAAGAGCUGCCGCUGCCACCUCCUCCCCCGCCUGGAGAGGAGGCAAGUUUCUCCUCAAACUGUGCUUUUCCCCCACCCCCACCACCCUUUGAAGAGCCUUUUCCACCAGCCCCAGAAGAAGUUUUUCCUUCUCCACCUCCUCCUCCUCCACCGAUGUUUGAUGAAGGACCUGUGAGCAAGGUGCCUACCCCACAGGUACGUGGCAAGAUGAGCAGCAUUGAUCUUGAGAUUGACUCACUGUCCGUAAUGUUGGAUAACAUGGAGAAGAAUGAUCCCUUCAAAUCCCGGAUACCUGCAGGGUCCACAGGUUCUCUGGAGAAACCAUCGGCCCCAAAAGCCCAUGUGGAAAUACCAUCUGCACCCAGAGAUACUCCUCAUCCCAUUCCUUCCAGGUUCACUCCAAAGCCAAGUGGAAGCUUAUCUUUCAAGCCCCCUGGAGUGGAUCUGACCCCCAACCCAACGCCAUGGGCAGCCCCACAGCAACGCAAGGAGCCCUUAGCACCAGUCCCUCCACCCCCUUCCCUCCCUCCUGCUCAGCCUUCCCUUAAAUUCACCCCACCCUCUGUUGCUGGCUCUCCCAAGCCUGGGUCCAAGUCAGGUGCCAGUGUCCCUGUGGCUCCCUCAAACCCUGCCAGGCACCCUACCUCCAUUCAGACCCACUUCACAGUCCCUCCAUCUUCAGGGCUCUCCUCUCGGCCACAGCCUCCCAAUUUCACCUAUGCCCAGCAGAGGGAGAGACCCCAAGUCCAGGAGAAGCCACAUCCAACAGAGCAACCUGCUGCCACCAAGGACAAGCAUAGACCCACAGGCUCCGGUGCAGAUCCACCUAGGGGAAAUUCCUGUCUGACCAUGAAGGAGGUAGAAGAGCUGGAGAUGUUGACCCAGAAACUAAUGAAGGAUAUGGAGCAUCCACCCUCAGCGGAGUCUGCUAUUUCUGAGCUCUGUGGCUUCUGCAGGAAGCCCCUGUCAAGAACCCAGCCAGCUGUGAGGGCCCUGGACUGUCUUUUCCAUGUGGAAUGCUUCACCUGCUUCAAAUGUGAGAAGCAGCUGCAGGGGCAGCAGUUCUACAAUGUGGAUGAGAAGCCCUUCUGUGAGGACUGCUAUGCUGGGACCUUGGAAAAGUGCAGUGUCUGCAAACAGACCAUCACAGACCGGAUGCUGAAGGCCACCGGUAACUCGUACCAUCCCCAAUGCUUCACCUGUGUGAUGUGCCAUACCCCUCUUGAGGGGGCCUCUUUUAUCGUGGACCAGGCCAACCAGCCUCACUGUGUGGACGACUACCACAGGAAGUAUGCUCCGCGCUGCUCGGUCUGCAGCGAGCCUAUCAUGCCAGAGCCUGGAAAGGAUGAGACGGUGCGUGUGGUGGCAUUGGAGAAGAAUUUCCACAUGAAAUGUUACAAGUGUGAGGACUGUGGGAAACCCUUGUCCAUUGAAGCAGAUGAGAAUGGGUGCUUUCCACUGGAUGGGCACGUGCUGUGCAUCAAAUGUCACACCAUUCGUGCCAAAACGACACGCUGAGGAGCUUGGAGUGGGCAUACCCUUAAAGACCCCUGCGCUCAGUACUCUUCCCCUCCCCACCGUCGUCCUAUCCCUCUGCCUGCCAAGGCAGGUUGCUACCAACGGAGACUAUGCUAGCGCACCUCUUUACUCAAGUAGGAUUCACCCGCCGCCCCCAGCCUCGGCCCUGUGCACCCACUGGGAAAGGCCUGUCACCACUGCCUGGCCGGGGGCUAUGCCAGGCCAGGGGCUACAUAAAGAUGGGUGGGUGCAGCCCCACUGCUCCUGCAGGGCUUGGGAGGAGAAAGCCCAGAUCUCCACCAGCACCUGGUGGAAGCAGCAAGACUGACCCGGUGGCAGGUGCUGCGGUGGGCUGAGCGCUCGCCUGUUCCACAGAGCCGAGAAGGACGAUUUGACCUUACAAAGUGGGAGCCUCCGUCUCGGCACCGCUUCUGUCUGAUCUUAUUUUAUUUUUGGUGCCGCCACAUUGUCAGGAUGUCUUCCCCUGCCCCCUCCCUCUCUCCCGGCUUCGAGUGUGGAGGUAGAACAUAUUGGGAAUCUGUAUAAUUGCUGGAAGAAGCAAACCUCCUAUAGCUUUUCUGUCUCUAAUGGAUUUUACUGGCUAACUGUCUUGUCACUUUUUGUUCCUUGGCCAGAUUAAACUGGCAAUGUUUGGAAUCCUACUCUGUUCCUGAAUUUGAAAACUUGUUUUAAAAAAAUCUUUUUUCCUCUCCCCAAAAUGAGUCAUUUCCCAGUGUGGUUUCUGGGCAGCCAGGCUGGGCACCGGAGUAGCAAAGCAGUCCAAAGAAUGCAUGUUUACAAAUAAAGGCCAUCAUAAGGACGGGCAGCACAUGGUGAGGAGGCGUCUCAGUGCGUGGAUGAGGAUGCAGCAGCCUGAGGAACGCCUUCCCGUUCCAGUAGGGAUCCUGCCACUGCUGUCAGCAAGAGCUGCAGUCUUAACUGCGAUGUACUGUCUGGCUCCAAGUGUUACUGCACUGAGCCCCACUCCUGGACUAGGAACUCUCAAACUGAACAAACCUUUUUAAUAUCUACACUGUCCAACCACUGUUUGCAUUCAAUAAAAUGUGGGGGUUUUCCA